GCCAACUUAUUAAGCUUGAGACAAGAUACCGCCCAUAUCUUUGACACUUGGACUUACAUAAACAUUUCACUUUCUUUCCUUUUUUUUUCAUUCUAGAAGACUUGAAAGUUGAAACAGUAGUGGAAAAGAGAAGAACUUCAAAUCCGAAUUGUAGGCUUAUUUUAAAUGGUUUUAUCUAUUUAUUUCUGGUUUAUAGGAAUAUAAACCUUUUUUCUUAUCUAAAAAUAUACAUUUAAACAUAUAAAACUUUUUUUAGUAUAUUUUUUCUUGAUAUGAAUAAGAUUAGUUCGGCUCUACAACAUAAAUCACUACUAUUUGCUUACAACAAAUGCACAGACAUCCCUUCUAGAAACCGUCGAGAUGAACCCCACAUAACAAGCAGCACACAAUCCAUUGUUUUGUUUGCUUGUUUGUUUGGAUAUACAUUAUAAAUAUAAUAUACUUUUAUUAAAGUGCCCAAGAAAUCUGAUUUUCCAACGUUAUCUUCUUUUAGUCUAUGAUCAUAUAUAAAAAAAGAGAGGAUACAUAUGUUACCCCAACUUAUUACGUUCUGUGUGUUGUGUCUUUUGUCAUUGGUAGAAGAAAGAAAAACUCAAAUUAUGAACACGAAGAACAACGUCCUUGUGGACGUGUCACCAUUCUUGUUAUUCGAAGCAUCUGCAGAUUCCGAGACUCGUGAAGAAGGUGGCCACGUUGGAUAUGAUGAUAAAGAUCAUGGGAAUGAUGCUGAGUCAACGAGUCAGGUGACGGGUGGGUCGGCUGAUUUUGACUCGGUGGAGAUGGAAGAAGAAGAAGAAGAAAAAGAAGAGGAGCUAGUCACGGGAGAGAAGGAAGAGGAACACGAGGAGGAAGAGGUGAAUAGUCACGUGAGGUGGCCGGAGAGGAGAGAAAAUGAGAGCGGGAGCGUUGAUUCGUCUUCCACGAGGAAUGAUGAGAGGUUGAUGAGGAGGAAGAUUGAAAAAGAUCGAAUGUUUUGGGAAGCUUGUUUAGCUUCUUAGUCUGUAUGCAUCAAAUUAUUAAUUAAUGUGUUAUUGUAUGUUUGAAUACCUGUAUACUAACAGAUAUGUGAUUUGUCAGCUAAUCAAUUAUGUAUUGUAAAUUUAUAUUUAUAGAAUUAUAGUUAGUUUCGCGAUCA